AUGGCUCAAGUGAUUGGACGGAAUUUGAUUCGUAGAAGAAGAAAUUCAUCAUCCGAGUUUAUUGCUCACAUGCAGAAAUCUGCACCGAAGUUGGAUCUUGUCAACGCAAGAUUCAAGCUGCGCGCAGAUGUUGACAGGCAAGCGGACAGCUUCUCCAACGCGUUCACAAGGACGUCAAGCGGGAGCUUCUCCAACGCGUUCACAAGGACGUCAAGUGGGAGUGGAAUCGUUAACACCAAGAGUCUCUUCGAUUUCGCCGUGGUCAAUACAGCAACUAGAAACCUUUCCGCAAGAGGACAGCGAUUUGAUUGGAUCGUUUUCCCGUCGAGUCAAUCACAAGCCACUACCGCACAAGCCUUGGUGCCACAUAUCGUGGUCAGUCGGUCGAUCGAUUGUUGGGGUAGCAUGAUCUCAGAUGGCACCUACGCUGCCAUUGAGCUGAGAACAAGGGCACAUACUGGUAGUGCAAUCGACGAAUACGGAAACUUCAAGACAAGUCGCAUGAAGGAUCAGACACAGACUUUCAUGUUCGGUCAGUUGUAG